GGGAUGCUCCUCGUCGUCGCCCUCUGGCUGGCGUGCCAGGAGGCGCCCGCGGCGCCCACCCCCGCGGCGGACGACAUCAGCCGGGGAGUUGACUGGCUGAUGAAAUUUGGCUAUCUGCCUCCACCGGACCCCGUCACAGGACAGCUGCAGACACAGGAGGAGCUGACAAAAGCCAUCACGGCCAUGCAGCAGUUCGGGGGACUGGAAGCCACAGGGGUGUUAGAUGAGGCCACGCUGGAGCUGAUGAAGACCCCUCGCUGCUCCCUGCCAGACCUGGCUGGCCCGGUGGCCAGGAGGAGGCGGCACACGCAGGCUGUGACCAAGUGGAACAAGAGGAACUUGUCCUGGAGAGUUCGCACCUUCCCAAAAGAGUCCCACCUGGGCCACGACACAGUUCGAGCCCUGAUGUACUACGCCCUGAAGGUCUGGAGCGACAUCACCCCCCUGAAUUUCCACGAAGUGGCAGGUAACAAUGCCGACAUCCAGAUAGACUUCUCCAAGGCAGAUCACAACGACGGCUAUCCCUUCGAUGGGCCGGGUGGCACGGUGGCACAUGCUUUCUUCCCUGGAGACCACCACACGGCAGGAGACACUCAUUUUGAUGAUGACGAAUAUUGGACCUUCCGAUCAUCAGACGCCCAUGGGAUGGACCUGUUUGCUGUAGCCGUCCACGAGUUUGGCCAUGCCAUCGGCCUGACCCACAUCUCUGCCAUAGAGUCUAUCAUGAGACCCUACUACCAAGGUCCAGUGGGGGAUCCUCUGAAGUACGACCUGCCUUACGAGGACAAAGUCCGCAUCUGGCAGCUCUAUGGAGUCAGGGAGUCUGUGUCCCCCACGGCCAAGCCUGAAGGGAGCAAAACUGAUGACCAUCCUAUCCUGCCAGAGCUGCCAGAGAACCGCUCCACUGUCCCGCUGCGGCGGGACGUGCCGAACAGAUGCAACACUCACUUCGAUGCCGUGGCUCAGAUCAGGGGAGAGGCUUUCUUCUUCAAAGGCAAGUACUUCUGGAGACUGACCCGCAAUAAGCACUUGGUCUCCCUCCAGCCGGCUCAGAUCCACCGGUUCUGGCGGGGCUUGCCCCUGAACCUGGACAGCGUGGACGCAGUCUACGAGAGGACCAGCGACCACAAGAUCGUGUUCUUCAAAGGAGACAGGUACUGGGUGUUCAAGGACAACAACGUGGAGGAAGGAUACCCGCGGCCCAUCUCGGACUUCGGGCUGCCGCCAGGAGGGAUCGACGCCGCCUUCUCUUGGGCCCACAAUGACAAGACUUAUUUCUUUAAGGACAACCUCUACUGGCGCUACGAUGACCACGAGCGGAGGAUGGACCCCGGGUACCCCUCGGAGACCAUUCUGUGGAAGGGAAUUCCGAGCCCUUUAGAUGAUGCCAUGAGGUGGUCAGACGGUGCAAGUUACUUCUUCAGGGGCAAGGAGUACUGGCGAGUGCUGGACAGUGAGCUGGAGGCCGAGGCUGGCUAUCCGCAGUCCAUCGCCCGGGACUGGCUGGUGUGCAGCGACAUGCAGGCUGACUCCCCAGAAGCAGCCGGCAGCAGCAGGACUGGGGCGCGCUCCAAGCCCGGGCAGCACGACGAGAGCCGCUCGGAGAACGGCUACGAGGUCUGCUCCUGCACCUCGUCCUCCGAGUCCCUGCGGGCCUGCCCCGUGCUCGGACUGUCUGCCAGCCUCGUGCUGGCGAGCGUGUGGACAGCAGCACUGGUGCGUGCAGCCCUAUGACAUCUCACCCCACAGGGAAGACAGCGCCAUGGUGCUCCAGGGACUGGAGGUGGAUGCGGUCCCGUGCCGCUAACUGUUGCAAGCAGAAAAACAUUCCUAGGAACAUGCCAGUGAAGGUUUUGAAUUCUCCAUGAGAAGUGAACCGUGGUUGUUUUUUUUUUUUCUUCUUCUUUUCUUUUUAAUUUUAGUUUAAAGGUCUAAUAACAGAUUUUGAGUUCUGCACCUUCUUAUUCCCCCAUCCAGCUAAAGAUGAGAGCAGCCUAACAUUGAAUUUAGAAAUGUCCCAUAGAGAUGUGUUGCUUUGGAUGUUCAAACACCACAGACAAGGGAGGGGAGAGCUGCUGUGGUCGGAUGAGGACAGCAGAGGCGGCAGCACCCUGGCAGGAAGGCAGCAGGGCUGUGGGAGCGGCGCGGUAGCUGCGCUGACAUAACGUGCACAUCCCAUUGGAUGUACUAGGUAGAGAGAAACUUUGAUUCCACUAAGAUUAACUGCAAGGUGAUCGUUUUACUGUCAAAUCCUCUGUGGUAACUGAUGUCUUGGUAACCUGUAUCAGUUUCUACAGGUCAAAAACACCUUUGCCUUUCAGAAGGCAGUGCAACUUAUCUUUGUGUCCAGGUCAUUUGAAUUUAACAAUUUAUCUAAUGAACCUUGGCUGCCUAUGCACAGCUCUCCCGCUCCUCUGCCAGAUCAAGCCUGCCACCUUCAGUAAGGUGCUGCCUGUUCAGGCUCGGGCGCAGCCUUACCACCACACAAGCAGCAACUUGCUGAGCGCAGCCUUACGGAUGGGAUGUGACUACGGCCAUCCCACCAGCCUAAUCCCUGCGCAGGAACUCCUCUGCUCUUGGAGCUUCUGUUACCAUGUUGUUUUACAUUUCGGGAGGGAUUGAGAUGUACGGAGUUCAGUUGUGGUGCUGUCACACCUGGCUGCACCACAGAGGGUGGGCCAAGGUGGGGAGGGAGGGAUGUGCUCUUCCCAGUGCCUCAGCCAAGGGUUCAGAGCAACAGAAGUAAGGUCAAGAAGUGCAUUAGGAUGGUCCUGGACUUUUACUUGCUCCUACAGCGAGCCCAUGGUGAGCCCUGGGGCAGCCUCUUGUCCCAAGGCCUUCACUGCACUGGCACAUCCCAGCCUGCUCAGACCAUGGCUCCUGUUUCUCUUCUGAGGCCUGAUGCAAUUUUGGAUC